AUGGAUGUUUUCAGCUUCGUUAAGAUGCCAAAGCUGCCUGGCCACAGGACAAAGUCGUCCGGCUGGCCGCCCCCUUCAGGGACGUGGAGUGCUUCGCAGGGACCCCCAAAUGGGUGGGACAUGGGCACCAAUAGAGAGGGCCGUGACUGCUACAUCAACCACGUGUCCCAGAGCAGCUCCCUGGAGGAGGUGCGUUUGGAGGGGGACAAGUUUGUGGCACCUGCGCCCCGUAAGGUGGAGAUGCGACGGGACCCAGUGCUUGGCUUUGGCUUCGUAGCAGGCAGCGAGAAACCUGUGGUGGUGCGUUCAGUCACACCAGGUGGUCCGUCAGAAGGAAAGCUGUUUCCAGGGGACGAGAUCAUCAUGAUCAACGAUGAGCCAGUCAGCUCAGCACCCAGGGAGAAGGUCAUCGACCUCGUCAGAAGCUGCAAGGAAUCCAUAAUGCUGACCGUGGUCCAGCCGUAUCCAUCCCCUAAAUCAGCGUUCAUCAGUGCAGCCAAGAAGGCCAAGUUAAAGUCUAAUCCAGUCAAAGUGCGCUUCGCAGAAGAGGUUAUCAUCAAUGGACAGAUCCCGGAAACUGUGAAGGACAACUCUCUUCUUUUUAUGCCAAAUGUUCUGAAGGUGUAUCUGGAGAAUGGGCAAACCAAAUCUUUUAAAUUUGACACCAACACAUCCAUUAAGGAUGUCAUCUUGACCCUGCAAGAAAAACUCUCCAUAAAAAGCAUUGAGCACUUCUCUCUUAUGCUGGAGCAAAGAGCAGAAGGAUCAGCAAGUAAACUCAUGCUCCUUCACGAGCAGGAGAUGUUAACUCAGGUGACGCAGAGGCCAGGGUCACACAAAAUGAAGUGCUUUUUCCGCAUCACGUUCGUCCCAAAGGACCCUGUAGAGCUGCUAAGACGAGAUGCUGUGGCGUUUGAGUACCUCUAUGUGCAGAGCUGUAAUGACGUGGUAUUGGAGAGAUUUGGGUCAGAGCUGAAAUACGACACUGCCCUUCGUCUGGCUGCACUGCAAAUGUACAUUCUAACCAUCAACACCAAGCAGUCCCAAAAAGUUUCUCUCAAGUACAUUGAGAAGGAGUGGGGUUUGGGAUUGUUUCUGCCUCCUGCUGUGCUUUCAAGCAUGAAAGAGAAAAACAUCAAAAAAGCUCUCACUCACAUUCUCAAAACCAACCAGAACUUGGUGCCUCCUGGUAAAAAGCUGACUGCUUUGCAAGCAAAGGUUCAUUAUCUCAAAUAUCUCAGUGACUUAAGACUGUAUGGUGGUCGGGUUUUUAAAUCGACGCUUGUCCAAGGUGAAAAGCACACAGAGGUGACUUUACUAGUGGGACCCAAGUAUGGAAUUAGUCAUGUGAUUAACACCAAGACAAAUCUGGUAGCACUGUUGGCAGAUUUCAGCCAUGUCAAUCGAAUCGAGAUGUACACAGAGGACGAGAAAAGAGUCCGAGUGGAGCUACACGUCUUGGAUGUAAAGCCCAUCACUCUCUUAAUGGAGUCUGUGGACGCAAUGAAUCUGGCCUGCUUGACUGCUGGCUACUACAGAUUACUGGUGGACUCUCGACGUUCCAUCUUCAACGUGGCCAAAAACACAGACACAAUGGAUAAAAAUAAUGCUGCAAGGCUAAAGCAGAACUUCCAGUCUAUAGAAUGUACCUACAGCACACCUCAUAAAGGAUGUGAAGACAGAAACAGCCAGAGGUACAGCCAAGAAUUCUCAGAGCAGGACUGUGAAUACCUCAACCACGCUCGGUGUGAAGGCCAGCCAGUCUACGUCACUGAGAUCCACCAGACUCAGCACACAAUGCACACAGUGGAAAGAGCAGAGUGCUGCCGAAUACCCUGCACCCAAACUUACCUCAAUGUCCCAAGGUCCAAAUCCCAAGAGACCUCCAGGAAUGCAAAAGUUUCAUUCAUUUUUGGUGACCCACCCUUGGACAGUGUGAAUCCUCAAAAUCUGGGUUAUCAGAGACUUAUGGAGGACAACCCAGAGAUCCUAGACAAUCAUAGCCACAUGUACAGGCGGCUUGAGGAGGACUAUAAGUUGAUGGAUGCCAUAGAAGACGGAGACGGAUAUCAAUAUGCCACAAAAAUCUUUGGUCAAAGUGAGUGCAUUGAGGAGCCACUGUUACAUGAUAUUUGCUACGCCGAGACCACGGACGACGCCGAGGAUGAGGACGACAUCAGCUGUGAGGAAGACUUAGUGAUGAGUGACAUAGACAAACCCAUGCUGCUCUCACUCUCAGGGUCCAGCGACGACAUCAUCGACCUGACCUCCCUCCCUCCCCCACCAGAGGGCAACAACGAGGAGGACAAUGACAUACUGCUUCAUUCACUUAACAUGGCCAUCGCAGCCCCUCCCCCGGGCUUCAGGGACAGCUCCGAUGAAGAGGAGCACCCAGGCCCCGGGAGAGGAGCGCCGAGCAGCGAUAUCCCAGUGUCCCUCAUAGACUCAGUGCCCACACAUGGAGCAGGGCCAGAGGGAGCACCGCUGGACCAUGCUGUGGUGUCUACUUUGCAGGCCCUAGAAGCCCUCGCUGCGUCUGAAGAACAGAGUCCUGCCCAGUCCGAGAACAGCACAGGUGUUGAAAUAUCACGAGCCUUUAGCCCAGAGUCGUCCGAUUCCGGUAAUGAAACAAACUCUUCUGAAAUGACGGAGAGCUCAGAGCAGGCGUCCGCUCACAGGCACCCGGAGAGCCACCUGAGGUUCCACACAGCGCAAGCAGAAGGAUACCAUGUUGCCCAUGACGACCAGACUGAGGCCCCAUCCGCCGGUGACUGUGGAGCAGGAGCCAGGCCAGAGACAGAGGAGGACAAAUCUGCUAAUGUUGCCUCAUCACAGAUUUUCCAUUCAGAUGGCGGUGAGAUGGAGCCAGAGACUAUGGAGAUUAAAUCCGUAAGUGAAUACUUUACUAAGAUGCAUAUGGGGCCAGUGAUGAGCAGGCAGAGAGGUAAACAGUGGGAGUCAGAGCCAAGAGACACCUGUGAAUCCCCUGAAGGUUCUUCCCAUCCACCAACCCAGGACUCCCCAAGAGAAGAUACCCCACAUUUAGUCGGCAAGUAUCAGGCUUUCACUGUGAGAGACUCGUAUUAUGUGAACCAGCUCGACCUGGGGCGAACCCACUUAAAAGACAAGCACCAAAAAUGGCAACGCGCACCUGGAAACAAAACAGCAGAAAAUCCAUCUCCAGAUUGUGGAAAUGACUCACAAACUUCCAGCACCUCCAGAGUGACAAUAAAAGGAGAUAAACAAGACUUGAUCGAACGAAAUCAGCAAUUAAAUAUCCACUCGCCAUCAAAAGGGCCAGUCCCCAGUGAAAGUCCCACCUCACAAGAGAAUGAGAAAACGUCUUCAGAGCAGGAGGUGGCCCGGUUGCAUGAUUUCUAUGUGAAUAAGCGCAUGUCUUCUUUACAAAGUGAGGGCAUCCAUUCACUCCAGAGUUCGCAGUGUUCUUCUAUAGAUGCCGGUUGUAGCACAGGGAGUAGCAGCUGUGUCACUCCCAUGGACUCACCUCUUUGCACAACAGAAAACGUGCACAUCAUGUCAGAGACUGCGGUGAAGGCUGUGGGCUACGGAGCAGGUGAAGAGAAGAGUUACCCAGGCCCGUUUAAGGCAGGGCAUCCCAUGGACCCCACACUGCUGAGGAGGAUCCAUGCAGCUACAAGCGCUGAGCCAGGAUUUUCUAUUACAAGGGAUGGAACUCACAGAAUGGCCAAGAUAAAAGAAACCACAGCUUGCACACAGCUGAAGAAGGUUGAAGUGGAGUCAUCUUUAGCUCUCUGUACUGAGACCACCACCACCACAGCCAUGUCACCAUCAUCAUUAACAAGUAGCACAGAGCACAUGGGGCUCACAGCGGGCAGCCCGGAGCCCGACCCGCACGCCACGGCCUUCCCCCCGAGCGGAUCAUGUACAUGUGCCCACAAAGCUGGAGGCCUCCGGAGGUCACACAAGGUCCGCCUACUCAGGAGGAGCUGGAGCAGUACAGUGCCAGGCGCCAAGAGCUUCGAAGCACUGUUUGAGAAGACCAAAGCUACACUGACAGGAAGGAGUGGUGGUCAGUCUGAAGACCCGCUGAAGUCCGGCAGGACAUUACCCAAGAGCUGUUCCCAGGGCUCAGUCUCUUUGAAUUCUUCAGGUAGCAGGCUUUUGAGAGGAGCUUCAUCUCUGCUGCCACAGAUGGACAUGAGCACACUGAGGUGCCAUGGACCACUUAGUCACUGCUUUUUGUGGAGAAAGGAGCACAGUCAAGAUGAAGAAGACCCGACGAUUGGGCAGGAAGACACAAAUGCUGUUCUGAAUGACAUGAGCCUCAAAGCAAGGUUGGCCUGUGUAAAUGCAAUGAAGGGAAAAACAUACAGUCUUCACACAGGGUUUGCACUGGCACGGAAGGAUGCCUUAGAUAUGAUUGCUUUGCUACGUGCCAGUGUAGGCCACUCAGGUGAACGAGCAGAGGGCCCAGGGGCGAGUGAGGCGGACACAGAGACGCUCUCCCAGCUGCUCCUAAUGCAGGUCAAAGUGCUGAGCAGCGCCUGCAGUCGGAUGGUCGAUGAGUACGGAAGCCCGGAGGAGCUGCUACUCACCCUGACCCACAGCUUCCAUACCCUGUGCUGUGUGGCUCAGGCCUGUAUGUCUCUGGCGGACAGUUUGAGCAGUGAGACCAGCCGUGCUCAGUUGGUGGUCCAAGUGGACGAGGUGGUCAUGAACUACGUGAGUCUGCUGAAAGCUGCAGAGGCGGCUUCAGGACGAUCCCCGAGUGACCAAAGUGUGGACGCAUUGACACACCACUCUGCCACCAUGUCCGCUGUUAUCAACGCACUAACGCACUCACUGACCACACAACUCGACAAAUAA